UCUUUGCGUAGCAUAUUUAUAAUGCACUUUGAGAUUUGCGGUAAAUAUGUGUUGGUGGGUGUGUGUUGUUCGAUUGCAGUGUUCUUGUUGAUAUUACGUGUUUAACAAUACGAUAGGGACAGUUCAGCUGUAAGCUUACUUGGCAAAUGGCGACUGGAUGGCUUCACUGCCAAAAACAAAUUUUUAGGUUUGAAAAUGAGCAUUCAAUCCUUAAGGUGAAACUGUUGAGUACAUCUUCGAGAAACACUUCUGCUACAGGCUACAGUGUGCUUAGGAAAUAAUUAACUUUCUCACAAAGUCUUCCUGUACACAGUUCACACACAAUAUAGGGAAGAAUGUUACCUGAAAAUUAUGUCACUUUCGAAGCAUACUUUCGGGAGGCACUUGCCUUCCUGAAGGUAUAUGACUGGCUUUAUUCAUGUCCAGUAACAGAAAUUUUGAUUAAUGAUAUUCUGAACAAAAUACCCUCUGCAUGGUGUGAAGCACUUUUAACUCUUUCAAAUGAAGAAUUAAAUCAGCUCCCUACAGGUUAUAUUAAGGAUGACUGGCCAGAUUCACUAAAAUAUUUCUGCAAAAUGUGCCAAAAACUGAAGUCGGUGGUUAAAACAUACAUUUUAAAGGAAGAGUUAUAUUGCAUUCCUUCUAUUAUAUGCCAUCGUUUAUCUGAGAAAAAGCUCCAUGAAAUAUGUCAUUUGGCUCAAGUUAUUCAUGACGAGUGUCAAUCAGGUGGCAUUAGAAGAAUCGUUGAUUUUGGAUCUGGAAUGGGAUAUGUUGGCCAGUUACUUCAUGCAAAAUAUGGAUACACUGUGCUGGGUUUAGAAGCUAGGCCUGAACUGGUUGAGGCAGCUGCCAAACGUCAAACAAAAAUUUGCUCAGCUGCACAAGUAGUUUACACCACAGUUGAAAUAAAUUCAGAUACUGAAGGGAACAUUGCACAAAUAAUUGAAGAUAAGAUGCCCCCUGAUUGUUUGCACAAGUGUCAUUCUGACUGGCCUGGGGGUAAUAUCAUAUAUAAUCUGAAAUCUGCCAAGAAAAACAAACAUUCUAGUGAAAACAGCAAAAUGGGAAUUAUUUCUAAAGGACAGAGUGGAAGUAAAGGAUUAAUUAAAAUCACAGAAUCGAGAACAACUGAUCAUUGUUGUGAAACGAACCGUGGUCCCUCAAAGGAUAAGACCAAAUAUGACAACAUGGGACACAUCAAUGUAAAUACCGCAAAUGAUGGAAAAGUUUAUUCACAAGAAACUGAAAGUAAUGUGACCUCACUAUGUGCUGAUAACCCAGCAAAGGUAUCCAAUAAACCAGAUAGUGGAAGAACUAUAAAAAGAGAGGCUCAGGACUCUGUCUGUUUGAUUGGGCUUCAUGCAUGUGCUGACCUCAGUGCAAAUGCAGCAAAGAUAUUUGCAAUGGUCCCUACAAUCAGACGUUUGAUAAUUGUUCCAUGUUGUUAUCAUAAGAUGUCAGCAACAACCUCUUCACAAAGAGAAGAUAUAUAUCACCGACCAAACUUGGCUCUGACCGACAACUUCAAAAGACCUAGUGUACAAAGUACAAAGCAAGAGAAAAUUAAUUUUUUUCCAAUGAGCAGUACUUUAAAACAGUGCAUUCAAGAAUUUCCUUCCAAAUUUCAUGUUGUCUUGCAGAAACCUUUCUUGAGACUUGCAGCUCAAGAGACAGGGAUUAGAUGGAAGUCCGCUUCAAAAGAAGUUCACGAAAUCCAUGCCUUAAAUCUAAUGGCUCGAGCAGUAUUAUACCUAUGUGCUUAUGAAGGUGGGUAUAAUGUUCUAAAGAAGCAUCGACAUGGAGUUAGAAAAACUGGAAACUCCAAUUUUGGGGCAGUGCUGGAUGAUAUGGUAUCACGCUACACAUUUACUACUGCCAGUUCAGGAAUGGAGGUAGCAAAUGAGGAAGUUCGACAGAAAAUAUUAGUACUAUGGGACCGACACAAGAAUUUAUGCAGUUUAGCUGAAGUAUUCACUGCACUGCAGCUUACAAUUCAGGGUACUGCUGAGAGUUUUGUUUUGUUGGAUAAAAUUGCUUACCUGAAGGAGACAACGAGCUACCAUGUGUCGUGUGAUCUGACAAAAGUGAUGAAUGAACAAAUCUCACCUAGAUGCCAUACUAUAAUAGCAAGGAAAGAGAGUCUUUAGUAACAUAUGUCAGUUUAAUGCCACAGUAUGAUACGGGAAGAUAAUGGAAAGCAAAUUGUGGUUACAGGGACUAUUGAGAGUGAAAUAGGUACAGAACAAUUGAAGAGUGUUUCUCCAAAAGUCGUUAAAUGCUCAAUUGUUCAAAAUUUAGAUUUUUGUAAUUGCAAAUCAAGCGUGUUGCUAUGCAUGACUGGUCGAAACAAUUUUGUCAAAAGACAAUAUUUGCUCUGCUCUCGGACAGUUGAAGCAAAAUCCGGUAAACGUAAACUGGGCUUUGCUUCUAAGAGACUUGAAGGGAGUAUAAGAAUGUAGGACAUCAUUGCCGAUGAUAAUAAGAGAGGCUUUUCUGCAUGGAGAAAAAAGAAUGUGACUUGUAGGCAAGCUCUUGCCACCACAACCCACAACAGAAUGAAAUUAGUGGUUUUCACAACAACAUUAACUCCUGAUUUUUGCUCUAUUUGAGCCAGCUUUGUCAGGGAGAAGGAACUUCAAGAAAGAAGCAAAAAGGAAGAACACUAUUUUGAAGAAGUACACCACAAUGGAAAAAGAUGGCCACACAAAAGGAAGAACACUAUUUUGAAGAAGUACACCACAAUGGAAAAAGAUGGCCAGACAGUAUUUGUAUAUGCUGCAACAUUUCACUAUGCAGUAAUGAAGGAGGAAAAUUGAAAUGUAGUUAAUGUUGUAUUGGUGUACAACAGGAGCAGCCAAUAACAAAGCUCUCCAUAGGUGAUGUACUCUAUUCUACACAGGUUUAGCUGCACAGUUUGUGUGUAUCAUGAUUCAUUACCGAGCACAACCAAAUGAAAAGACUGCUUUUUAUACUUGGCUUGAAACAAGACCGAAAGGAUGCAAACAAGUUGCCUCUGCUGUAUUGCAUUUUCUCAGAAAUUUUGAGGCAUUCCAGCCAGAAAAUGGUCCAAAUAAAAUUCAUUUAUUUUCUCACUCUUGUACCAGUUAGAAUAAAAAUACAGUAAUGAUGUGCUCACUAAUGGCCUUCAUGGAUGAAAGCAGACAAUUUAAUAAGAUGGUACAUUAUUUCCUAACUCAUGGUCGUGACUAUAAUCCUGACCAAGUGUUUGGUAGGAUGAAUAAAGACUACCAGAAAAAGAAAGAUAUUCUUUCACCAACUGAAUACUAUAAAGUUCUGGAACAACAUGGCAGUGUCAAGAUACUAAAUAAAUACUGGGAAUCAAAGGAUUUUGAGCACAGUGCACUAAAAGCCCUACAAUCUAAGAUGCCUUUCAAAAUAACUGCUGAGCAAGUUGUGGCUUAUGAAAAGUCGAAGAAGAACAUAUUGUUGUCAGUAUUGGACAUUUAUAAUGGAAAAUCUGUAGAGGUUUAGGCACAGAAAUCCAGAAACCUUAGCCAAGAAAUGAGGAAAGUAAAAAAGAAGUAGUAUGUCUUAAAUUUAUAAGGCAUUUUAAUAUAACUGAAGGAGCAGAAGUGUUUUAUAAGGACACUGUUGAAAGUGGUGGAUGGAUUUCCAUUUUAGUACUGUUGUCGCCAGUAUUUUUUGUUGCAUUUCAACAGUGUUUGUUGCUAUUUUGGACUUCUGCUUACCAAACAUUUAUGAAAAAGUGUGAUAAAAUCUUAUAAUGAAGUACGUUUUGUGUUUCUAUGCUAAAUGAACUAUAAAAUAGCUUUCUUUGUAAUUAAUGUUAAAGAUAAAAAUGAAAUAGAAAAAAAUGAAUUUAAAUGUGUAUAUUAAUGAAACUUU